CCUGCAGGAGCCUGCUGCUCGACGCUGCAGCCAAACCCUACCUACCGCCUGGAUGACGAUGGGAAGGAGGAUCUGAUCCGGCUAGUUAGUGACAAAGAUGCUGCAAAGUUUACCCCGUUUCUCCAGACAGAACCCCUGAGAAGCUGCGAGCGUUUGCUAUGAAACCCAAAGCAGAUCAUAGCUGGACCCACUAGAAGCCUCAGCCAUGUACUCUGAGUGGAGGUCUUUGCACCUGGUGGUCCAGAGUGAUCAGGGCCACCUGAGCGUGCUGCACUCCUACCCACCUACUGUUGGCCGGGAUGUAGCCAACGCAGUGGUACGCCCCCUAGGGGCCAGCCUUGGAGCCCCUGCCUCUGAGUGCCUCCUCAAGACUGAUAAAGAGGUGAAAUGGACUAUGGAGGUACUGUGUUAUGGUCUGACCCUUCCUCUGGAUGGAGAUACAGUUAAGUUGUGUGUGGAUGUCUAUACUGACUGGAUCAUGGCACUGGUGUCACCACGAGAUUCCAUACCCCAACCCAUCAUCAAAGAGCCCAACCUUUAUGUCCAAACUAUCCUCAAACAUCUUCACAACCUCUUCCUGCCGAGGCCUGAACAGUUCAGCCCCAUGCACUUCAGGUUGUGUCAGCAGGUGCUGUCUGCGGUGCAGAAGCUGGCCCGUGAUUCCUCCUCCAUGGCCAGAGAAACCUGGGAGGUGCUGCUUCUUUUCCUCCUCCGCAUCAACGACACGUUACUUGCCCCGCCUACUGUAGGAGGUGGGAUAGCUGAGAAGCUAGCGGAGAAGCUAAUCAGUGUACUGUUUGAGGUCUGGUUUCUGGCCUGCACACGCUGUUUCCCCACCCCUCCAUACUGGAAGACUGCCAGAGAGAUGCUGGCUAACUGGAGACACCACCCUCCAGUGGUGGAGCAGUGGAGCAAAGUUAUCGCCGCUCUCACCUCCAGGCUACUGAGGUUCACAUACGGACCAUCCUUCCCUCCGUUUAAAGUGCCAGAGGAGGAUGCCAGUCUCAUACCUGCAGAAAUGGAUAAUGACUGUGUGGCACAGACUUGGUAUCGCUUCUUACACAUGCUCAGUAACCCAGUGGACCUGAGUAACCCUGUGAUCGUAAGCUCCACUCCCAAGUUUCAAGAGCAGUUGCUGGGGGUGAGCAGUGUGCCUCAGGAGGUGAUCCAGCACCCCUGCCUCAAACAGCUGCCUCAGAUCUUCUUUAGGGCGAUGAGGGGCAUCAGCUGUCUGGUGGAUGCUUUUCUAGGUGUGGCAGUGUUUAAGAAAAACAAGAGUCACGAAACUCUGCCCUCUCAUGGAACAACAGUGUCUAGGAGCUAUAUUCGAGAGAGACUUCCCUCUCUAGGUGUUGCUGUAUCUAGGAACAAUUUUCGUGACAGGCUUCCAGCCUAUGGUAUAUCCAGACCUCGGUCAGACAGUGCCCCGCCCACUCCUGUUAAUAGACUUAGCAUGCCACCACCCCCAACGACCACCAACACCACGCCUCCUCACAGCCGCAGACACAGACCCACAGCGGUUACCAAGACAACUAGCAAAACCACAACGACUGGCCAAUCCAAAGUAUCGCAUCAGCCUUCCUCCACCUCGCCCCUGUCCAGUCCAAACCAGACGAGCUCAGAGCCGCGACCCCUGCCUGCUCCCACCAGACCAAAAGUCAACAGUGUUUUGAACCUGUUUGGUCAGUGGCUGUUUGAUGCUGCGCUGGUUCACUGUAAACUCCACUCUGGCCUCAGCAGAGAAAGUAGUAUGACUGCAACAUUUUUCCAAAUUCUUCUUUCUUAUAAAUCUUCACUUGCUACUCAGGCUGGAGUUGAAUUGAGGAGGAAAGGCUCUCAGAUGUCUACUGACACCAUGGUCUCAAACCCCAUGUUUGACGCCAACGAGUUUCCCGAUAAUUACGAGUCUGGUCGAGCAGAGGCCUGUGGAACGCUGUGCAGAAUCUUCUGCAGCAAAAAAACAGGAGAGGAGAUUUUACCCGUCUACCUGUCCAGGUUCUACAUGGUCCUCAUCCAGGGCCUUCAGAUUUCCGACUUUAUCUGCAGACCAGUUCUGGCCAGUAUUAUUCUGAACUCCUCUGCUCUGUUCUGCUCUGAUCUGAAAGGGAUUAACGUAGUGGUUCCUUACUUUAUAUCUGCACUGGAAAUAAUUCUACCUGAUCGUGAAUUGACCAAAUUUAAGUCAUAUGUGAACCCCACUGAACUGAGAAGAGCUUCCAUCAACAUUCUGCUGUCUAUGCUGCCUCUACCACACCAUUUUGGCAAAGUCAAAUCAGAGGUUCUUUUGGAAGGAAAAUUCAGCAAUGAUGAUAACUCGCUUCAUGACAAAGCUGUAACCUUCCUCUCACUGAAGCUGCGGCUGGUCAAUGUCUUAAUUGGUGCCCUGCAAACAGAGACAGACCCAAUCAACACACAGAUGAUACUAGCUGCAAUGCUGAAUAUUGUUCAGGAUUCUGCGCUUUUGGAGUCUAUAGGUGCUCAAGCUGAAGUUGGAAGUGUAGAUGGAAGUCAUUCCCUGGCAAAGAGCCACAGUCGCAAUAACAGUGGAAUCAGCAAUGCUAGUGCAGGCAGCUCAGAGGCCACCACUCCAGACAGCGAGAGACCCGCCCAGGCAUUGCUGCGAGACUAUGCUCUUCACACAGACACAGCGGCUGGCCUGCUGAUCCGCAGCAUCCACCUGGUCACCCAAAGACUAAACUCUCAGUGGAGAGCUGAUAUGAGCAUCUCACUCGCCGCUCUCGAGCUGCUUGCCGGACUCGCCAAGGUGAAGGCUAGUGUGGAGUCGUCUGAUCGUAAGCGAGCCGUCAGCUCGGUUUGUGGUUAUAUUGUAUAUCAGUGCAGUCGGCCCGCUCCCCUCCACUCCAGAGACCUGCACUCCAUGAUCGUAGCUGCUUUCCAGUGCCUGUGUGUGUGGCUCACAGAGCAUCCUGACAUGCUGAAUGAGAAGGAUUGCCUAAUAGAGGUGUUAGAGAUUGUAGAACUCGGCAUCUCGGGCAGCAAGUCAAAGACAGGUGAGCAGGAAGUGAGGUAUAAAGGUGAUAAGGAGCAUAACCCUGCCUCCAUGAGGGUCAAAGAUGCAGCUGAAGCCACUUUGUCAUGUAUAAUGCAGGUGCUGGGGGCGUUCCCAUCCCCGAGCGGUCCCGCCUCCCCCUGUAGUCUGCUGAAUGAGGACACUUUAGUUAAAUACUCCCGGCUGACGUCCACCUCUCACAGCAACUUCAGAUACUUCGUCCUCGACAAUUCUGUCAUCCUGGCCAUGCUAGAGCAGCCCCUUGGCAACGAGCAGAACCCCUGUCCAUCUGUCACAAUGCUGAUCCGAGGCACGUGUGGCCGUCAUGCCUGGACCAUGCAACUCUUCCAUCAGCCCAGAGGAGCCAGGGCCAAUCAGAAGCAGGUGUUUGUUCCAGAGGGUCGACCAACUCCCAAAAACGAUGUAGGGAUUCGGUUUAAUGUGAAGCACCGUCCGUUUCCAGAAGAGGUGGACAAGAUUCCAUUUGUGAAAGCUGAUCUCAGCAUUCCCGACCUGCAUGAUAUAGUGGAUAAGGAGCUGGAGCAACAGCAUGAGAAGCUGCGUGGUGUGAUGGUGAAGCAGAUAGAGUAUGAGACAACCCUGGAGCAUCACACUGAGGAGGUGUGGAAGAACAAACCUUUUCCUGACCCUCUAACUGACUGCAAACCUCCUCCUCCAGCACAGGAGUUCCAGACCGCCCGUCUCUUCCUGUCACACUUCGGCUUCCUGUCGCUAGAGGCUCUUAAGGAGCCAGGUAAUAGCCGUUUGCCUCCCCACCUCAUUGCUCUCGACUCGGCUGUUCCAGGAUUCUUUGAUGAUAUUGGCUUCCUAGACCUGUUACCAUGCCGACCCUGCGACACCGUUUUCAUCUUCUACAUGAAGGCGGGGCAGAAGAGCAGCCAAGAGAUCUUGAGAAACGUGGAGUCGUCUGCGAAUGUCCAGCCACACUUCCUGGAGCUGCUGCUGUCUCUGGGCUGGCCAGUGGAAGUCGGGCAACACCCAGGCUGGACUGGAAGUGUGUACACCAGCUGGACAAUCAACACAUCCAGUGGCACUGAAACACCAGAUGAGUGUGUGUCGGUGGGAGACACUGGAGGCGGGGUUUUUAAUGGUGAGAAGAGAGUGCUGUACUACGCUGAUGCCCUCACUGAAAUUGCUUUUGUGGUGCCCUCACUCAGUGACUCCUCCGCGGAGUCAUCGGAGAACAGUUUCCCCACGGCAGACUCUGAUUCUCAGAUGGAGCUGCUGCCAAGCCUGCUGAAACAACCCAACCUCACACUGGAGCUCUUCCCCAACCACUCGGACAACAUGGGCCUGACACAGCGGUCUCCCACAGUGAAGAGUAAGAAGCUGCCGUCGGGCAGGAGUAUACCUCCACUGGGUCCAGAGACUAAAGUACUGGUGGUCUGGGUGGAGCGAUAUGAUGACAUUGAAAACUUCCCUGUGUCCGAGUUGUUGGCGGAGACCAGUACAGGAGUGGAGAGUGCAGUCAACAGUAAUGCUUCCAGAUCCAGCUCCUCGGAGAAAGACGUCCCAGUCAUUUUCAUCCACCCACUGAAAACCGGUCUGUUCCGCAUCAAGCUGCACGGAGCCAUGGGCAAGUUCAGCAUGGUCAUCCCUCUAGUGGACAACAUGGUGGUCAGCAGGCGAUCACUAGGCUUUUUGGUGAGACAGACUGUAAUAAACGCAUGUCGGAGGAAGCGCCUGGAAAGCGACUCGUACAGCCCUCCUCACGUACGACGGAAACAGAAAAUAUCCGAAAUCGUUAACCGUUACCGCAACAAGCAGCUGGAGCCUGAGUUCUACACGUCACUGUUCCAGGAGGUCGGAGAGACUAGCCUCAAUCCCUAAACACACAACCCACCCCAAAAAUACUCUCUCUCUCACACACACACACAGGCGCACACAUGAUGGAUGGAGAAUUACUGUGUUUUUUUUUUUUUUGGCUACAUGGCCAUAGUCUCUGAGCUGUCAGCAGCUCCAGUCAUAACCAUGACAACUUCCUAGCUGGUCUAAAAGCUGAUGCCAGAAUGGAUGCUUUUUUCCAUUUCCUCAUUACUGUAUUUCACAUGCUUUUAUUUUGACAUCAACCAAGACUGGAAAGAAGACGAUAUAGAUGCAAGAGGAGACAAUUGACUCUGAGAAUACUAUCAUUCAUUAAGAAACACUAAUGCAGUUGCAGGAGUGGGGUAUAGAGAUAUAUAUAGGAGAGGUUGAUUAUGGCUUUUCUUUGUCCUCCUUAGACACACACACACACACACAAAUACACAAAUAGUGCCAGUCUGUGUUGAUGCAUAACAUGAAUAAUUUUCUUUUCAAACUCAGGUGGUUUUACCAUUCUUCAUAUGCAUUGACAUGGUCAUGUAAUUCAAUGCACUCCAACAAGCUGACCUCAGCUUUAUGUUCCUCCUCGUCUUUUUCUUCUUCUUUCUUUUCUUUCGUUUUGUUCUUCUCUCCCUCUCUCUCUCUGUCUGUCGCUUUCCCUCUCAAAUAUGAUCAUGCCAGGUCCUUAAUAAUACUCCAUUCAGAGAAUGUUUGGCUUUUUCCAUCGAAUCUAUUUAUGUAACGGUUGUGAAGAUGGCUUCAAAAGUCCUCCAGAAUGGUUGAGUUUUAUAAAGUCAUUGACAAACUACUGAGCACUCCAGUACUUCUAGACUUCUAGAUCCCACACGUUUUUUGGCGCUUACUAUGGGAUUGGCGCGGCUGAACCUGUGGUGGGAUACACUACUCUAUUACACUAUUUUAUUUCUUGAUCAAUCUCACCAGUAGGUGUUCGUUGUUGCAGCUUGACUGUGAUCCAUCCAGACACAUUUUCAAUUCAAAGAGUCAUAAGGGCUUCUAUCCUUCAUUUCUUGUGUUCUCUUUCUGUUUUAUUUUGUAAGUUAUCUGGUAAAUGUAGGUGCCACUUUUUUCUUUUUGCAAUUUCUGCUGGAUGUCAGAAACACUGGUCUUUUUUUUAGACGUUAUUUUCGUUAUUUCAAACUUUUUUAUUUCGAUUACAAAAUGAGAAUUUGAUCCACAGGAAAUCCAUGUUUUGUCUCUCGUUUCCUGAGAGACGCUUCUAGUGUCAUUUUUGUCUUUGUAUUUUGACACGCAACUUUUAAAACACAGGUCACUACAGAGAAGAGUCGAUUGAAAGGAAUGACUGUUAAAACAUUACUGUAGCUGGUCCAUGAUGCUCAUUCAGGUUAACCUGCUCAUUCUUCUUUUCUUUCAUUUCUCUCCAUUGAUUAAAGAGGAAUUGCCUUUAGUCAGUAAAGGACAAGUCUUGUGUUGGUCUAAUAAAUCAAUAAAAGUCUCAUAUGCCCUCUAAGUAAACAAACUAAAGUCGACAGACUUUAAAUAAUACUUUAAAUAAUAAGUAAAUAUGCCGAAAAUUGAUAAUACCUCACAUCCAUUUUGUGUCUAUAAAAAUCACACUCGAUUAAUUAAAGAAGAUUCCUCCUUCUUUAUAAAAAAAGACCAACUUUCAUGAACCGUUUCUUCCAGUGCACAAGACUUGGGCCUUUAUUCGGUUGGUUAGAGACGUCCUUUUCUUCUUUUUUCUGUAAAUAUUGAGGGCAUCGACUUUGUAUAAAGUUGGACUUUACAUGUAAAUAUGAGGGUGUGAAGUUUCGCUCACUCAUUCUAUUAGGAAAGGCACAAAAAAGAACGCUUGUUUGUAUUUAUGCCUAUCAUAUAUGUGUCCUAAAGAAACACAUUGGGUAUUGAAUGUAACACAUGUAAUGAAAUAAAGAUUUUAAUUAACUUCUUAUCAUAAA